CACCACGCCAGGCCAGGCAGCCCACUCGGCCUCAAGUGCGAGCGGGACGACGACAGGUGGCAGCGCACCUCUGAGUGGCGUGGCUGUGAGCCAGCCAGGCUGGCUCAACUGGUUUCUGCCGGCUGCCGACAGCUGCUGCUGCUGCCACUGCCACUGCCACCGGGCCGGGUCGGGUCGGGCCGGGCCUGGUUGAGUGACUGAGCCGGGUCCGUGCUUCAGUUUCGGUCGAAAUCCACAGGCGAGCGGUUGUCCACACCGGCUCUGGUUCGCGGCAGACAAGCAGACAAGUUACGACUUCAGAAGAGCCAGGCAGCGGCAGCAGCGGCAGCAGCUAGUAGCAGUAACAGUAAAAGCGAAAAACUCGUAACAUUAACAGUUAUCGAGUGGCAGAGUGGCAGAGGGAAGACGAAAGACGAAAGAAAGCCCAUUGAAAGUUGACUCGAAAACGCGCGUGAUAUAUAACAUAUAUAUUUUUUGUUGUUGUGCCCCAAUAAAGUGAGCAGUGUGUGUGUGCGCGAGGGGGAGGAGCAGGCACAGGGACAGGGAGAGCGAGCAGACACACACAUGACCACAAUGCCACCGGAAAUGUCCGCAGCAACGGCAGCUCCCGUUGGCACCGCACCCAGUCCGGCCAUUGCCGUCGGCGGCGGCAUGCCGCGCGAUUCACCGCCCGGAGGUGGCGCCGUGGCAAUUGCCACCACCAGCCCCAAUGCGACCAGCACCACCACCACGCAGGCGACACGCUCCCGCUUUAUGAUCACCGACAUUCUGGCUGGCAGUGCGGCUGCCGCGGCUGCUGCGGCGGCGGCGGCAGCAGCUGCAAUGGCAGCGGCCUCCGCGGGCCAUGACACCGAUUGCUACGGCAGGGAGAGGGAGCGGGAGCGGGAACGGGACAGGGAGCGGGAGCGGGAGCAGGCGGCAGCAGCGGUGGCCGCCCAUCAUCAUCACCAGCAGCAGCAGCAACAGCAUCAGCAGGCCGCCCUCCAGCAGUACAUUGUGCAACAGCAGCAGCUCCUCCGCUUCGAGCGGGAAAGGGAACGGGAGCGGGAGCGGGAGAGGGAGCGAGAACACUUCAGGGAGCGCCACUCCCCGCCAGCGAAUCCUGCGCUGGGCUACCACCAUCAGAUGGCGCCCCAUCUACUGGCCCACUUUCCGCCCUCCCACUACGCCGUGCUCCAGCAGCAGCAGCAACAGCAACAACAGCAACAGCAGCAGCAACAUCCGCAUUCGCAUCCGCAUCAUCUUCAGCAGCAGCUGGAGCGGGAACGACUGGAGGCACUGCAUCGGCAUGGAGUGGCAGUGGCAGUGGGAGCCGGUGUCCAUCUGGAGCCUCAUCACAAUCAGCAUCUCCACCAUGCGGCUCAUCCACAUCACGAUGAGCGAUCACGUUCCCCCUUGAUGUUGCAACAAAUUGGAAACAAUAACAACAACAACAACAACAACAAUAGCAGCUCCAACAACAACAACAAUAACAAUAACAACAAUAGUUCGAACAGCAACAACAACAACAAUAAUAAUAAUAGCAAUAAUAAUGGAAGUGGAAGCGGAAUGAUGCUGGGAGGAGCGGGAAGCAGCAUCAGCGGCGACCAGGCCAGCACCAUCGACGACAGCGACAGCGACGAUUGCGGUGGCAAAGACGAUGAUGGCGAGGACAGCCUGAAGAACGGCAGCUCCGCCAACGGUGACUCCUCCUCCCACCUGAGCCUCAGUCUGAGCAAGAAGCAGCGCAAGGCACGCACCGCCUUCACAGACCAUCAGCUGCAGACGCUGGAGAAGUCCUUUGAGCGGCAGAAAUACCUGAGCGUACAGGAUCGCAUGGAGUUGGCCAACAAGCUGGAGCUUAGCGACUGCCAGGUGAAAACCUGGUAUCAGAAUCGCAGAACCAAAUGGAAGCGACAGACGGCCGUGGGCCUGGAACUGCUUGCGGAGGCUGGAAACUACGCGGCCUUCCAGCGCCUGUACGGAGGUGCCACGCCCUAUCUGAGUGCCUGGCCGUAUGCGGCGGCCGCUGCCGCCCAAUCACCCCACGGCGCCCCGCCCUCGGCCAUCGAUAUCUACUACCGCCAGGCGGCUGCUGCAGCGGCCCUGCAGAAGCCCGCGAUGCCCGCCUCCUACCGCAUGUACCCCACCAGUAUGCCGCCGGGCAUGUCGCUCCCAGGGAUGCCCCCGCCGCCACCCGGCGCUGCUCCAAUGCUGAGCGGCUAUUACGCGGCCGCCGCGGCAGCCGCCGCCACUGCUCAGCCACCGCAGCAGCAGCAGCAGCAGCAGCAGCUGAUCCCGCCGCGGGACCGUUCGCCGGCCACCAGCCAGAGCGCCAACAGCGAGGCGGACUGCGAGCGGGGCAGCAGCAGCAGUCGCCAGCGCCUGCUCACGCCCAGUCCGCCCCUCAAUCCGGGCAGCCCGCCGCGCCGCGACCGCGAGCGGCUGAAUGAGGUCGAGGAUCUCCCAGGGGCACCGCUCAAGCUGCUGCGAUGCUCUCCCCUGCCCGCCGACGAGGAGCACAGGAGCGGUGCCGAGCAGGAGAGGGAGCGGGAGCGGGAGCACGACGACGAGGACGACGAUGAACUGGCCCUGGAGGUCUGAUGCGCUGGCCAAGGGCUCCUCUCUAAGCUGGAUCUCACAAACAGUCUAAACAUCAUGGGGCACACUCGUAUCUAGGACCUACGGAAAUGUCGGGGGAAUGUUUUGCUUUAGUUUUUUUUCUUCUGUUGCUAAAUAUUACGUAAACUUAACUGAAUGGAGUAUUUAAUUUGGUCAUCAAAUGUUGAAUAAUUACAAAAUAAUAUCUAAAAAAAAAGAUAAGGAUACCAAAUUUAAAUGUCAGUGCAAGGUUUGAUUAGAAUUAAAAAUUUGGUAGUUUAUUUGCUGAAUAUUUUCUGGUUUGGAGCAGCAAGCAAAUUGCAGAAACAAUUUUGUUAUUUAAAAAAUGCAAAAACCAUAAAAUUUAUUUGUAACAUUUAACAUUUAACUCCGAAAAGGAAAUGGCUUGAAGCGUUCGCAGUAUUAACCGAUUUUCCCGCUUUCGUCUGUCUCUUUGGAACGGCCCCAGUAAUUGUGAAGAGAAAACAAAAUACUUUUUUUUUAUAAAUAUAAAUUUAACUUUAAGCGAACUUAGACUAGAGAAAAUGUUGUAAAUUUUUGUAAAUGAUUUUUGUACAUACGAAGCAGACCAACAACAACAGCAGCAGCAGCAACAAAAAAAAAAACAAGAAAAAAACAAUUUUUUUUUCCCAAACAAUAAUUUUUUUUUUUACCUUUUUUUGUGCCUAGUCUUAAGACGUCUAUUGUGUGUAGUAAUAAUAAAGCAAAGAAAAAAAGAG